AUAACAGGCUGCUGCUGCUGCUGUUGUUAUUCCUCUUUCUCGAUAUCGACGUUUAAAUCUGGUUUUUAUUUCAUUUUUAGUGAUUUAACUCUGCGAUUGGAAAGUUUGUGUUUUUAUUUCUCAUAUCGAAAGUAUUUUAUUAUCGACAUCACAGUUAUUGUAGAGUUUUAGAGAUUAGAGCCGGUGUUUGUGUUCUGCAGCUCUAAGUUUGGAGCUAACGGAGCUGGUGUGUGUUUGUGUUCAGCAUCUGUUCACUGCUGGAGAUCUGCUGGAGCUUUUAUCUGUUGGAGUUUUUAUCUGUUGGAGUUUUUAUCUGCUGGAGUUUUUAUUUCCGAAGGAUCGACACCGGCCAUCAUGCAUCUCUGUGCAGGAGUGAUAUUACUGCUAGUCCCCUGUGUGGUGCUGUCCGUAGACCGACAGAAGGUGUUUGGGAAUCUGCAUGAGUCGGCGUCUCUCCCCUGUACUGUGCAGUGCUCUGGUGAACUGACCUGGACCAGGUUUCAGAAGCAGGACGAUGUUCUGGUCAUGUGUAGCAGCGUCUCGUGCAGGUCUAAAGACGGGUUUAUUGUCUCUUAUGAACAGUACCUGAAGGGGAAUUCCUCCCUGACCAUGCUGAAAGCUGAUUACAGCCUUCGAGGACUCUACAUGGCCAAGUGUGUCUCUGAGACCGUCUGUGAAGUCGUCUUUACAUUGUCCCCUCUAGAGAUGACCCGUGUGAUUGCCCCAGGUGAACCCAUAGACGUGCUCUUACCCCACACUGACCUGGUGGGGGUGAGUUUUACUGCCAGUGAUGCUGUACAACCAUCAAACCUGCAGAUCUGCAUCAUGGACAAGGAGAAGAUCCAGUGCAUUCAAGAUUAUAAAGAGAGAGCGUCUCUCCUCAACACUCUUCAGAUUAAAGAUGGAAACGUCUCUGACAGUGGGAACUACACAGUACAGGAUAAAGUGAAUGAUGAGACUUUAGCCAUCGUAACGGUCCAUAUGAGAGAGCCCUGUCCAGACAUCAAGCCGUGUCCAGACAUCAAGCAGCAGGAAGGUGUACCAGUGUGGGUGGUUGUUCUGAUACUGAUGGUACUACUGCUUGUAUCUGUGCUUGCGGUUGUAUCUGUGAUGCAUGUGCGUCUGAGGAGAGAAGUUCAGCAGCUCCGUGAGAAAGCUGAGAAUAACGGACUCCCUCUCCUCCAGCAGAAUGGAAACGGUAACCAUCCAGGAGAAGAGUCGAAUUUAAAGAACCCUUAGGCCAGGUCCAGAGUGUAUGAUGAGAUAAUUAAUCAGAGUGUAGAUGAGCCACGUCGUAUAAAACUAUUGACGGCAUUACUCCUGUUACACUCCAUGUUACACACCCCCCCCCCCCCC